ACAAAUGCGAAAUUUGUGGUUAUGAGACGUCGUCGAAGAAUUUAAUUCGCAUUCAUAUCAUCAAAAAACACUUGGAACCCGUGAAAAAAUGGAAGUGCAAUACCUGUUCGAUGGAUUUCGAGUCAAAAGAAUCGAAAAAUAAUCACAUAAUUGAAAGACAUUCCGAAAAUUUAAUUCCGUGUGAGAAAUGUGGCGUAAAAUUACUCGACAAAAAAGCGCUAAGGACCCAUUUGGAAGUCGAACACACCGAAAAUUCGCAAAAACUCGAGUGUUCGCGUUGUGUAGGCGGCAUAAAAUUCCCCAACGAACGCGUUUUAGCGCUGCAUCAGCAACAACACGUCCGCGAAGACAAAGUCAAGAAAACUAUUUACUGCAAUUUGUGUGAACGAGGCUUCAAUUACGAAAAUUCCUACAAAUCUCAUCUAAAAUUGCACGCGGAAAAUCGUUUAAAAGCUUGUGACAUUUGCGGAAAGACAAUUUUCUUCGAAUACGGAAGAAGAAUCUCGAAACACAUGAUGAACCACACGAAAAAACAGCCGGAAAUCUUCAAAUGUGACAAAUGCGGCGAGGAAUUCACGAGAAAAGGCGCGUUAUCGAAGCAUUUGAGGAAAAUUCAUGAUCGCAGGGAGAAAAGUUGCUACAAAUGCGGCAAAUUGAUCGAGCAGUAUUUGAUGAAGAGACAUUUGAAUUUUUGUAAUUACGGGGAUUUGAAGUGUUUUCAUUGUCCGAUGGUGUUUAGCAAGCCGAGUGAACGGGAUAAACACACGAAACAGACGCAUAUUGGGUAUAAUUGUCGAAGAUGCAAUAUAAAGUUUGAAAAUUCGUCGCAACUGGAGUUUCAUAGGAGAUACAACGAAAAUCACAAGAAUUAUAAGAAUUUGUUGAACAAACGACGGAGUGAUCAAUCAGUUGUUUAUUUACAAUCGUCCAAGGGAGUGUUCCUUUGUUUAAAAUUGUUAUCCUUCAAAAAAAACUUAUCACCAAAGAAAAUGGAUUUAGACGACAAAAUUUGUCGUUUUUGUCUAUCCAAAACUGAAAAUCCAAAGAAUUUGCUGCUGGAAACCGCUUUCACGAACAAAGCCUUGCAAAUAUUCACAAAGAUUGAGAUUUCGCUAGAAAAUUGUUUAUCAACUUACGUCUGUAGGAAUUGUCACGAUUUAAUACUAAACUUCUACGAAUAUUACGAAGCCGUGAAUGCCAAUCAAGAAAUAUUGAAAAAUUUGAGUCAACAAGAAGCGCCAAGUGCCGGAAUAUUCGAUGAUUCAUUGCUUGAGACAUUUUUCGAGGGAAUUAUCGACUUGCCAGAAGAAAAUGUCGACUCGACGUGGAUUUUUAAUGACAUUCCUGAGAAAAAGACUGAAGAAAACCAACUUGCAAGACUGAAUUUUUACGAAUUAAAUGAGUUACCGUUAAAUUAUACCAUGAGCUAUCGUUGCCAAAUUUGUCCCGCGAAGGAAAAUUCAAAAUUUUCAUCGAAAUCGAAGUUAAAAUCGCAUUUUGUGUCGGUUCAUAGCAUGGAAAAAACCAAAGCUGAGUCUGAUGUCGACCAUUUACAUCCGCAAUGCGACAUUUGCGAUAAGCUAAUUAAAGUUCGUCAUGACCACAAGUUCAUUCACUACAACAUUCGACCGUACAAGUGCGAUUUGUGCGGUUUUGCGACUCAUACGAAGGAAAUUUUGAAGCGACAUUUGCAGAAACAUGUCUCUUCCAGCAGUUCUGAGCGAUGUUUUCAUUGCAAAAUGGAUUUUUCAUCAAUUUCCGACCGUAACGAGCAUAUUAAAACUGUUCAUCCAAGUGCCUUAAGUAUUUGUGAUCAAUGCGGCGAGAUCUUGUACGACAAAAAAUCCGCAGAAACUCAUAAACGUCAUCAUCAAAACACUUCUAAGCAGUUUUUGUGCAAGCGUUGCCCCGAUGGCGUUCGAUUUCCCUCCGAAAAAGUCCUUUUGCUUCACCAAAAGCAACAUUCGGCGCAAGACAAGUCCCGAAAACGCCUCUCCUGUCACCUGUGUGAACGAAAAUUCAACGAUAACGCCGUUUUUGACACCCAUUUACGUUACCACGCCGCCGGAAGGAUCGUGCCAUGCGAAAUUUGCGGCAAAUCUAUCGCGGAUCACGAGAACGGAUCAACAUCGCGACACAUGAAAACCCACACAGACAAGGUACAGUCCGUGAAAUGCGAAUUUUGCGACGAAAAAUUCCCAAAUCGGCAGUUUUUGUUUCAUCAUCGACGGAAAGUGCAUGAUCCGAGGGAGCAGAAAUGCUUUCAUUGUGGGAAAAUCGUCCCCCAGCACUUUAUGAAACAACAUUUAUUUUAUUGUAAAGGAGAGGAGCCCAUAAAAUGCCUUCAUUGCCCGAUGACUUUUGAAAAAGAGUCGGAACGGGGACUUCAUACGUCGAAAUUUCAUCUCGGAUUUAAUUGUCGGCGAUGUAAUAUGCAGUUUGAAGGGAAAUCUGAGCUCAAAGAAACAUCAGUUGAAGGACCCGUUUCACUUGGCAACCAUGAAAAAACGGAAGAAAUAUAAAGUUUAAGUUAAUUUUUAUUCGGAAAAGUGUUUUGAACGAACCUUAAGUACGAUUGAGGUAGAAACGAAUGUCGGUUUGGUCCGUGAAAGGCUUCAAAUCUCACUUCUUCCAUGCUUUUUGGGUCAUAUUCGAACAGAAAAACGUCAUUUUCGGAGUCAACAUCUUUCAUCACGUCUUUAACAAGUCCUAAAAAGUCG